CUAGAAGAAGACGUGCUGCAGUGUUGCUGAUUGAUGAGCUGAGCUCUCCGACUCUACUAAUCAUCUUUCCAUUCAGAUAUUUCUCCCAGGGUUUUACCUCCACACUUCCAUCUGCUCAAGCUCAAGAUGGAGGAAAGGAAGGUGAUGAUCUUCGGUGCAGUAUGAGAGCAGCCAGGAGGUUGGAGGGAACGUAUAGCUGACUGAGAACUGCUCCAAUAUGAGUGGUGUCCUGUAAGCAAGUUCUCUCCUGCUGUCCGACUUGGAUGAAGCCAGACGAGAUAAAAUGUGAGACUCUGGUACCCACAGGAAGCUCCAGUAGUCAGCAGAGGUCAUCUGGUCCUUUCCUCAUGAAUGCAUCUCAGAGAGAAGUACAGAAAGAAAUUCACUGCUCACAGUGUGGGAAGAGUUUUAGACAAAAGAGUAAUCUCCUGCAACACCAGCGCAUUCACACGGGAGAGAAGCCGUAUCAGUGCUCGCAGUGUGGGACGAGUUUCAAUCAGAAGAGUCACCUCAAACGACACCAGCGCAUCCACACAGGAGAGAAGCCGUACCAGUGCUCGCAGUGUGAGAAGAGUUUUAUAGAGAGCGGCCAUCUCAUAAAACACCUCCGUAUUCACACAGGAGAGAAGCCGUAUCACUGCUCGGACUGCGGCAAGAGUUUUACACAGUGGAGUAAUCUCCAGCAGCACCUGCGCAUUCACACAGGAGAUAAUCUGUACUACUGCUUAGAGUGCGGGAAGAGUUUUAGACAAAAGACUGCUCUGCAAGUUCACCAGCGCAUUCACACAGGAGAGAAGCCCUAUUACUGUUCUCGAUGUGGCAAGAGCUUUACGAGGCAGAGUAGUUUCCAGCGACACGAACGAAUUCACACUGGAGAGAAGCCGUAUCAGUGUUCGCAGUGUGGGAAGAGUUUUAGUGACCAGAGUAAUCUCCGAGAACACGAGCGAAUUCACACCGGAGAGAAGCCGUAUCACUGCUCGCAGUGUGGGAAGAGCUUCACUGGACAGAGUAGUUUCCAGCGGCACGAACGCAUUCACACCGGAGAGAAACCGUAUCAAUGCACACAGUGUAGGAAGAGUUUUAGUGACCAGAGUAAUCUCCGAAAACACCAGAGCGUUCACUCAGGAGAGAAGCCGCUUCAGUGCUCAGAGUCUGGGAAGAGUUUUAGUAACCAGAGAAAUUUUCAGCAACACAAACAAAUUCACACAACUGAUAAUGAUAACGACAUGAAAUUGAGUGGCGUCCUGUCAUCUUCUGCUCUCCUCUUUCCUACAUGUUAUAUAUUUUCCUCUGCAAGAACAUUAAAAGAUCCAGUUAGGAUGAAGUCAGACAAGGUCAAAUGUGAGAAUCUGGAACCCACGGAGAGCUCCAGUAGUCCCCAGAUGUCAUCUGGUACUUUCCUCAGCAGCACCUCUCGAAGACAAGUGAAAAAACUUGCUCAUCAGUGCUCACAGUGUUUUAAGAGUUUCAGUCAGAUCAGUACGCUUAAAGAGCACCAGCGGAUUCACACGGGAGAGAAGCCGUAUCAGUGCUCGCAGUGCGGGAAGAGUUUCAGUCAGAAGAGUAAUCUCAGAAAACAUCAGAGUAUUCACGCUGGAGAGAAGCCGUUUCACUGCGCGCUGUGCGGGAAGAAUUUUACCAGCCAGAGUAAUCUCCAGAGACACCAGCGCAUUCACACAGGAGAGAAGCCGUACCAGUGUUUACAGUGUGAGAAGAGUUUUAUAGAGAGCGGUAGUCUCAUAAAACACCAGCGCAUUCACACCGGAGAGAAGCCGUAUCACUGCUCACUGUGUGCGAGGAGUUUUACUAGUCAGAGUAAUCUCCAGCAGCACCUGCGCAUUCACACCGGAGAUAAACCGUAUUACUGCUUAGAGUGUGGGAAGCGGUUUAGACAAGGAACAGGUCUCCAAAUCCACCAGCGCAUUCACACAGGAGAUAAACCUUAUUACUGUUUAGAGUGUGGGAAGAGUUUUACUCAGGGAACUGCUCUCCAGAUCCACCAGCGCAUCCACACGGGGCAGAAGCCCUAUCACUGCACAGAGUGUGCCAAGAGUUUUACUAGCCAGAGUAAUCUCCAGCGACACCAGCGCGUUCACACCGGAGAGAAGCCGUAUCGGUGCUCGGACUGUGGGAUGAGUUUUACACAAAGGUGUAAUCUCCAGCAGCAUGAGUACAUUCACACCGGAGAUAAACCGUACCACUGCUCAGAGUGCGGGAAGAGCUUUAAUCGAGAGGACACUCUCCAGUUACACCAACGCAUUCACACUGGAGAGAAACCGUAUCACUGCUCACAGUGUGGGAAGAGCUUUAGUAACCAGAGUAAUCUCCGAAAGCACCUCCGCAUUCACACGAGAGAAAAGCCGUAUCAGUGCUCGGAGUGUGGGAAGAGUUUUAGUAAGCAGAGAAAUUUUCAGCAGCACAAGCACAUUCACACAGCUGGGAAUAAGGACACGCUCAUGAAAAGCAGUGGGAAUUGACUCGUUAUGUCUAAAGGAGUAUUUUGUGUCAAAUGGAAUCUUUUGAACCACUUUAUAAAUUCUGGUGGAAUGUUUUGCGUAGUCCUUUCUGUGUACUAUACGACCAGUGGCAGUUUUUAAAGU